AUGAUGGACGUAGGCUUGAGUGAAACUGGGACGAACUGGUUUUCUAGCAGCAGCGCCCGGGCCAAGAACAUGUUUAAAGUGAGCACCGAUAAUAAGCUCGCCUUAAAACUCUACGGCAACAAAGCCGCCGUGGUUAUGGAGCAGAGGCGCCAAGCACAGAAGGGCGACGGUGUUAUUCACCCGUUCAGCACAUUCCGCUGGUAUUGGGAUAUAAUUAUGGUAAUAUUAAUUACAACCCAUGUGCUUCUUUUGCCUGUCAGCAUUGCCUUCGUCGACCAAGACUUAUCGCCAGGAUGGCUUGCACUCAACUGCGUGUCUGAUGCAGUGUUCAUACUUGAUAUCCUCCUGAACUUCAAAACGGGCGUCAUUGAUUUCGAUCGACAGGAAGAGGUUAUUCUGGAUAAGAAGGUUAUUCGUCAACGAUAUCUCCGCGGCUGGUUUGUUAUAGAUUGUCUGUCCUCCCUUCCUUUUGAUUAUGUUUAUAUCAUUGCCUCGUCGAGUUCGGCCGGGAGUGCAGAUAGCGGGAUACUUCAAGCAUCCAGAAUCCUGCGCAUCCUAAAGCUGACCAAGUUGCUUAGCCUUUUAAAACUCCUCAGGGUAUCUCGUAUUGUGAGGUAUAUAAAAGAACUCGAGGAGUUGCUAAACAUUCAAAGCGGCCAAAUGCGGAUCAUUAAAUUGAUUGGUUGUAUGUUGCUGUUGUCCCAUUGGAAUGGUUGUGUUCAGUUCCUAAUUCCGCGGCUCAUGGGUUUUCCUGAUAAUAGCUGGGUAGUUAUUAAUGGAUUAAAGUAUAAGCCAAAAUUCGAUCAGUACAGUUGGUCUCUCUUCAAUGCCAUGUCACACAUGCUUUGCAUUGGUUAUGGUCGUUUUCCACCGAACAAUAUCACUGAACUGUGGGUAACACUGUGUAGUAUGACCAUUGGCGCAACAUUCUACGCUGUAUUUAUUGGCAUCAUGUCUACACUAAUUAUGUCAAUAGAUUCUUCAGGGAGAUUGUAUAAGGAAAAGUUAAACCAAGUUGGGGAAUACAUGCGUUAUCGUAAGCUGCCAUUACAAAUCAGACGUCGUGUUCAGGAUUUUUACGAACAUCGAUAUCAUCAUAAACUGUUUGACGAAGACGCCAUUUUGAGGGAACUAUCGUAUCCAUUGCGAGAGGAAAUUCAACUACACAACGCUCGAUCUUUGCUCACCUCAGUACCGUUCUUUGACGACGCUAAUGAAGAAUUUGUUACACUCUGUGUGACGUUACUAAAAUUUGAAGUUUUCCUUCCUGGUGAUUUCAUAUUCAAAAGAGGAAGUAAAGGAGAUAGAAUGUAUUUCAUCGUGCGAGGCAUUGUUGAUAUUUUAACGACAGAUGGGUUUGUUGCGACUAGCCUUACGGAUGGCUCACAUUUUGGAGAAAUAUCGUUACUUCGAGAAGAUGGUCGUCGAACCGCAACAUGCCGGGCAGCGACGAUGUUAGAUCUUUAUUCAUUAACCUCCUCUGACUUCAAAGCUGUUCUGGACGAAUUUCCGGCUAUGGAAACCUUACUUUCAGACGUUGCUGUUGAAAGAUUACAACGGCUUGAUAAAUAUACAGACGAAGCAAGACAAAAUCAAGUGAAAAGGUACGAGUAUAUGUUGUAA